AUGACGAGUUUCUAUUUCGUUUUAGCCACUACCAUUGACAACACUGGAGAACAGUUUGUAGCAGCAUUCUUCAGGAAUCUAGAUUUGUCCAAAUUUGACGCUUACCUCAUUGUUGCUGGCGUGCUUGACGUAAAUGUGACAGUAAACGUCAUUUACGAGCAAGAAAUUAAUAAAUUUGGCUCUCCUCUCCAACUUAGUCCAGGGGUUGUGAAGCAAAUCACUUUGAAAGAACAUAAUGGGGAAACUAACAUGCUGUUUCCUGUUCUCAGAAUAGUGGCGUCACAUCCGGUUAGCAUCACAGCUUUCUCCGAUGGUCCAUCGUCAGCUGCGUCAUAUCUUGUCUUUCCGCUAGAUGUUGCUGGUGAAGAGUACAGAAUGAUGCCUUUCUGCCAAAAUUCAGAAAAUAGUAUUUGUGUUUGUUCGAUCGUAAGCUUAAAAAAGAAUACCAUGGUAAUUUUAGAGAAUAAAAACCAUGGCAACAUAUCGGUCUUUACCCCCGAACACGCUGUGGGAAAGAACACAAUUGACCACUUGUCCCUACCAAACACUAGAACUCGUUUUCUCGUUAAAGAAAUUUACAGUCACGUGUCAUUGGAGAGCCAAGACGAUUUCACAGGGCUUUUGUUGCGAGCCAACAGUUCUGUAGUUGUGUUCUGCGGUGGAAGAAAACAGGAUGCUACCAUGUCCAUGGAACAGAUACCACCCGUUGAUUACUACGGUAAACAUUUCUAUACAUUCCCUAUUGCCUAUAACUCCAUGUCUCCCUCAAAACUCCGAUUUGUCUCCCAUCACAACUGCACUAAUAUUACAACGGUACAGGGCCAUUACUGGCUAGAUGCCGGCGAAAUUCAGGAGAUUUCUACUAAAAAGGUCGUUACCAGCCAUAUUUCCUCCGACAAACCCAUUGCAAUUAUGCAGAUCUUCUCUGGUUAUGUACCCAACAGUAGGUACCUCAGUUAUCACGAAGGCCUGUUAUUGUUGCCUGCCAUUGACCAGUAUGUGUCGACUGUGAUUAUUCCUCGACGAAACAGAAAGAACAGGGCAAAGAUUAUGAAGAUGUUCGUGGGACUGAUCACUGACGUAUGCUACACUCUUCAGUCUUUUUCUGGAGACAAGAGUAUCCUUAAGAAAACUUUGAGUAGUGGAAUUAUCGUGGAAUAUGACGACAGUGGUGUGGCUGUUAAUCUAACACGGGAUUACAACUGUAAAAUUUGUAAAGGGGGUUUUGGAGGGUACGCAUUUCGAACAAAUAUUCAUGGCAACGAGGCUUCAUUUAGUACAAUUGGAUAUAAUUUUAUUUCUAGAGAGAUUGAAAAUCUUCAACACCUUACAAAACCUUGUGGAAAUAAACAAGAGGAUACUUCUACUCAAGAUACAUCUGAAACACGGGCACAACACCUAACCAUUAAUAUGACUCUGAGCUCCACAGAGUCUACCCAAUCAUCUACUGCUGAAACCACAUCAACAUGGACCGAAAUUUCUGAUGUCACCGAUAUAGAGAGUAAACAAACAACGGUUUCAUCAGAGCCAACGAUAUCACAGUGCUCUAGAUGUCCAUGUCAUCCAAAGCCAACUCCCACUUACCCCCAAACGACAGAGGAAGAACUUCAGGAGAAAAUCUUGGAAAUCAAGAGAGACCUCAAGAUCAAGAAAAACGAUCUCUCGUCCUAUCGUCGGAGCAAAACAAGUGCCGGUGAUGAACGGAUCUCUGCUAAGGGUAUUGGAAUCGUAGGUGCCAGUAUCCUCUGUUCGAUCGUAUCCCUCAUUGUGAUAAUGGACUUCCCCACCCUGGCCCAUCAGACAAUUGUCUUAUGGAGGAACAUGCGUGGGUGUCUGCGAGGAGAACCAUAAAUUGAUUUU